AAGGUUAACAGUAGAAAAUUAUGGGGAUCCAUUACUUUUUACUGCUCAUCGUCAUGGCCAAGGCUGAAACAGAAGAGAGAUUAACCCAGUUCCCUAUAAAUACAUGCAAUUUCAUUCCAAACAUCACAACCAAUUCUCUAGCAAAUUCAUAAUUCAAUGGGAGAGAGAUCGAUUGCAUCCAACAUUGGACCAGAUAAACAUUCUGAUGAUAAACCAGCUUCAGCACUAAAGCUAUUCGGAUUUCCAUUAACUGAGCAAGAUGAAAAUCUUGAGAGAACAUUAAUUGGUGAAGGUAGAAAGUUCCAGUGUCAUUUUUGCCGCAGAGUGUUUGCUAAUUCUCAAGCGCUAGGGGGUCAUCAAAAUGCGCACAAAAGGGAGCGUCAAAGAGCAAAAUCACGAGCCCAGUUUCAUGAUCAACGGUUCACAGCAGGUGCUGCACCACCUCUUCUCAGCUCACAUGCAGUGCGAUCAGCAGCCCCCAUUUAUCAAGGACAGUUUAUCAGCAAUUUUGGCACUGCUGCUACAAAUGGAUCACGGCCUAUAUAUUAUUAUACAUCUCGCCCCUUGUUGCUUCCUUCGUCGCCUUCUCAGUUAAUCCCUUCUCGAAUUUUUAUCGCCCAGCCUAUGCAUGCUGCAACUUCGUUUACUGAAUUUUCUGGUAAACUACCUGAGGGAGUGGGAGGAGACAGAGGCGUUGAUCUCCAUCUUAAACUUUCUUCCUCUGGUUGAUUUUUCAUAUAACUUAAUUAAGAUAAACUAUGCUUGUCAUGCAUAGAACCACAUGUAUUACUUCUUUUUGGCAAGUUUUGCUAGUGUUUGUCUCUCUCUUUUCUGUAACAUCCUGUGAGGAAAUUAAGCUGUGAUUUUGAAA